AUGUCCGGGAAGAAGAGGAGAAGAUUUUUAAAAUCAAUGGAGAAAAAUCUUCAAGGGAUACAAGAUAAUUUAAAAUCAAUUCAGGAGGAACUCUCAAAGCUACAGGAACAGACAGACCACAAGAACGGCGUGAUAUUUCUGAAGGAGGAAGCUGGUCGCAAGAGGAGGGUUAGUGAUGAAACCAAACCAAUGUUGGUGGUAUAUGGGGCUUUUCUCAUUGAAAAGUAUGAUUGCAACUUACACUACAAAAUAGAAUUGAGCGAAGCAUCUGAUAUCAAACAAGUCUCCGUCACCCUGGAUGUGGAAACAGCGCAUCCGGAGCUCGAAGUGUUUGAGGAUCGGAAGAGGGUGAGACGGAUCCGGACCCAGAGGUGUCUCCCUGACACUGGGAAGAGGUUUACAUCCAGUCCGUGUGUGCUGGGAUCGGAAGGAUUCACAUCGGGGAGACAUUAUUGGGAGGUGGAGGUGGCGGGGAAUCGGUACUGGAGUCUGGGAGUCGCCACAGAGUCUGUGGAGAGGAAGAGAGGGGUCAAACUGACCCCGGAGACUGGGGUCUGGAGCAUCGGGCGGCAGGUUGACAUGUUUGUUACAUUCACCUCCCCUCCAUCCCCUCUCCCCGCCCGUCUCAUCCCCGGGAGGCUGGGAGUUUAUGUCAGUUACGAGUCUGGGACGGUUUCAUUUUGUGACGCGGACACCAAGUCCCAUCUCCACACCUUCAAUAAGAUUAAAUUCACGGAGAAACUUUAUCCUUUCUUUGCAACUUGGCAUAAUAACUGGCUGAGAAUCUGCUGGAUUUCCAACCAGCUCUCAUGUUCCUCUGCUCGAGCCCCGACUCUUCCCUUCGCUUUCUCGCCGUCUCUAUCUCUGUCAGAGAAAACAAGAGUGAACAAAGUCCAUUCCAAGCCCGCGGACACCAUCGGCUACCUCGUCUAA